AAAAAAGUCACCACCAUAAAAGGAUGUGUGUAAUCUCUCUUAAAACAACAUGCCAAGCCAGCCUACUUCAGUUUGGACAAAUACUGACAGCUGCUGCAGAGACCUGAACAAGAAGUCAUCAGGAGGGGUCCCCGGACACUGCUGCCGGAUGUGAAAAUGGAAAACAGCUCCACUGCGGCCUCUGGCGCUCCCCCCGGGGGCGACUGCGACCUGUACGCCCAUUACCCCACCGCCAGGAUCCUGAUGCCUCUGCAUUACAGCGUCGUCUUCGUCAUCGGGCUGGUGGGGAACCUGCUGGCCUUGGUGGUCAUCGUUCAGAACCGGAAGAAGAUCAACUCGACCACCCUCUACUCCACAAACCUGGUGAUCUCGGAUAUCCUUUUCACCACCGCCUUGCCCACGCGGAUCGCCUACUACGCCCUGGGCUUUGACUGGCCGAUGGGCGACGCCCUGUGCAGGGUCACCGCGCUGCUCUUCUACAUCAACACCUACGCGGGUGUGAACUUCAUGACCUGCCUGAGCAUCGACCGCUUCUUCGCAGUGGUGCAUCCGCUGCGGUACAACAAGAUGAAGCGGAUCAAGCACGCCAAGGGCAUCUGCGUCUUCGUCUGGGUGCUGGUGUUUGGCCAGACACUGCCGCUGCUCAUCACGCCCAUGUCCAAGGAGGAGGGCGGACGGACGACGUGCAUGGAGUACCCCAACUUCGAGGGCACCGAGUCUCUCCCCUGGAUCCUGCUGGGUGCCUGCUUCGUGGGGUAUGUGAUCCCGCUGGUCAUCAUCCUCAUCUGCUACUCGCAGAUCUGCUGCAAACUUUUUAAGACCGCCAAGCAAAACCCGCUGUCGGAUAAGUCUGGCGUCAACAAGAAGGCUCUCAACACCAUUGUUUUCAUCAUUGUCGUGUUCGUGCUCUGCUUCACGCCUUAUCACGUCGCCAUCAUCCAGCACAUGAUUAAGAAGCUGCAGGCUUCGCAGCUCCUGGGCUGUGGCCAGAGGCACUCGUUCCAGAUCUCUCUGCACGUCACCGUGUGCCUGAUGAACUUCAACUGCUGCAUGGACCCUUUCAUCUAUUUCUUUGCGUGCAAAGGGUACAAGAGGAAGGUUAUGAGGAUUCUCAAGCGGCAGGUCAGUGUGUCCAUUUCCAGUGCCGUGAAGUCGGCCCCGGAAGAAAACUCGAGGGAGAUGACAGAAACACAGAUGAUGAUACAUUCCAAGUCUUUAAAUGGAAAGUGAGAGGGAAUGGAAUCGUGGGUGCCGAGCAAACUGUGUGUGCAAGUUGGAGGGACGUCUCAUGGAGCAAAGUGAUUUUUUGUCUUCCAAGCCAGAUUCUUUGAAAUUCCUUAUUUGGAAUUGGAGUUCCUUGGGGGAGCGCAAAUAAUUUGGGCCAAUUCUUCAUCUCCAAAUUGGAAGCAAACUAGUAUUUUUGCAUUGUUUACACUUACGAGAACAUCGUAAAGCAAAGUUCUAGUCUGUACACAAAAUACUAGGCCAGUAGGGAGGUGAUUUUAACAGCCCAAUAUUAAAAUGUUUUGUGUUAAUGAAAAUGUGUUCAUUAACAUUUCCUGCCAAUGAUGUGGCAAAAAGACUGUACAGUGCCUGUGUAAAAAUGUUAAUAUGGUAAAAUAUUUUCUUUGGUAACAUGUUUUUACAACCUAUGUCUUGUCUGACUUUAGUUCCUCAAUAACACCAGCUUUUUCUUUUGA